CAUGCAGAUGUGCUGAAAGAAUAUGAACAAUUAAAAACACCCCAUAUUACGAAAAGAAAAUCUGAAGAGAGAGGCAGUGCUACAGGCUAGAAAAAAAUGAAGCAAACAACCUCGAGUGGAGCUAGUGGAAUAGCACUCAAUUUGAACAACUUAAUUAUCGACUUUGUAGUAGAAAAUAUGACACCUGUGUCUAUUGUAAAAUCUAGAUCUUUUGAAAAAUUAAUUUAAGACGCAAGUAAACUUUGAAAAAUACCCAAAAUCUUGGGUAGGCACUCACUUGUACAUAGAAUUGAAGAUGAAUAUCACCAAGUUAUGACGAAGUUAAAACAAUCUUUACAAGCUAUAGAUUUUGUAUGCACCACAGCGGACGUUGGGUCAUCAUCAAAACGUAGCUAUUUAGGCAUGACGGUUCAUUGGAUCGACAGUGGUACAUUGAAAAGGGAAGGAGCUGCAAUCGCUUGCAGAAGAUUCAAGGGGUCACAUACUUAUGAUAAAGUAGCCGAGAUAAUGAAUGAGGUGCAUUCUGAGUUCGAUUUAAAAUUAUACAAAAUUACAAAAACACUAAUCGAUAAUGGUUCAAACAUGGUAAAAGCUUUUAGAAUGUUUGGAAAGUCCGAAUCUAUUGUCAUAUCAUCAGAUUGUCAACAAAAUAGUAACUGCAAUACAGACAGUUAUGAUGAAGAUAACGAAGAUAGUGAAAUUGAUGAAGACAGUGAUUUGCUUCCACAAGCUUUUCCAGAACCGGUCGAAGACCACAUAGGUGCUUAUGAACUGCCUAGUCACGGAAGAUGUGCCACGCAUACUUUACAUUUAAUUGCAGCGGUAGACAUUAAACAGGCAAUGGCAGAAAACAACGCGUAUAAGACAGUCCACAAUUCGGCUUUCGGAAAAUAUCAAGCACUCUGGAAUUUAUGCGCGAGAUCACCGAAAGCUUGUGAAAUUUAUUUAAAUACAACAGGAAAAUCUUCUACUUUUCCAUGCCCGACAAGAUGGAAUUUUUAUUACGACUCAGUGAACGAUCUCUUAAUUGUAAAGGAACAUUUGAACGAAACACUAAAAAAUUUAAAACUUCCGCUUUUUAAGGAAACAGAUCUAGAAUUUUUGAGCGAAUAUGUCAAAUGUUUGAAACCGAUAGCUGAAGCCAUACAAAGAUUACAAGGAGAAAAAGAUACAUACUAUGGAAUGCUGUUGCCUCAAUUGAUGAGGAUUGUCAAAAUUCUUUCGUCUCUGAAACUAGAAAAGCCUACAUAUUGUAGUCAUUUAAUCGAAGUAAUUGACAGAAAUUUAAAACUAAGGUUCAAGCAAUUUUUCCUUUUCGAAUCAACAGCAAAUGAUGGCAUCUUGGCAUCAGUGGCUCAUCCUUUUUUUAAAAUGAAGUGGGUACCGAAAGAAGAAAAAGAACAUGUGAAAGCAUUAUUCCUAAUGGAAACAAGAAAAUUGAAGCAGGUUGAAAAUGACCAAAAGGAAAAUAGAGAGAAAAAGGAGGACGAAUCAUAUUUCAUGUUUCAAAAUGACUCAUCAGAUUCAUCAUCCACAAGCGAUACAACGAGAGAUUUGGAAACCCUUCACUAUUUACAAGAUAAGAACACAUCAGUUUCAAUGUUGAAAUCCUAUCCAACAAUCAAAAAGUUGUUCCUCAAAUAUAAUACGUGCCUCCCAAGCUCAGCGCCAGUAGAACGCCUUUUCUCGUACGGCGGAUUAAUUAUGAGACCUCAUAGAAGGAAAAUGGGGGAUUCCCUCUUUGAAAAACUUGUCCUUUUAAAGGCAUCACGUUCUAAAGAUUAUAAUCAAAAUGUUAACUUAAAAAAAUAAUCUAAAAGAAUGUACGAAUAGAAACGAUGUA